UGUGUUUUAAUGUCCCAGAUGUUAUUUGCCAACCAAGAUCGGGAUGGAGUCGUCCAUCAGGUGUUUUACAAAGAGCUGGUCGCCCGAUAUGUGCGUAUUCAUCCGACAACAUUCCAAGGCAAAGCGUGCAUGAGAGGAGAGCUGUACGGAGUCAAGACCAUUACAGAAAAUAUCGCAUUGGGCAAGCCAACAAAUCAGUCAAGUACGGCAUGGGAUGGCGUCCAAUCACGUGCUGUGGAUGGCAACCGUAACUCUGCUUGGGUAGGGGGAUCAUGUACACAUACAGAUAAUGAAGCUGCGCCCUGGUGGCAAGUGGACCUCGAAACAACCAAGUCCAUCGCUGAAGUACUCAUAGUCGCCAGAGGUGACUCGUCAGUUCAUCGCCUUUGGAGCAACACUUUCGAGCUUCUUAUCGGUGCGUUCCACUAA